GCGUGUUCUUCAGUUCUCUUUCUGAGCGAGGUAGAAAAGGAUGAAUUAGUGUUUCUUUACGAAAAACAGUUUUUGACAAGUUUUUUACCCCUUCUGCCUCUCCCCCCCAAGAAAAUAUUUGGGCUUUAUCCAUGACUGCAAAAUUUUAAAGGUUCCGUUUGGACACGAAAAGAGGACUUCUGUGUGACGAUUCGACACGAUUUAGAAAUGCUCGAUUCCGUGUGAUUUCGACCUAUACGAAGAACAAAUGAUAAUGUACUGAGAGAAGAAUUACGAGAAAAUUCUGCAGUCAUAAGUGCAUCAUAUGAUCGUUAGAGCUAUCUUUCUUUAAUAUUGAUGAAUAUUAACGUACAAAUUUGAGAAGCAUUCUAAAUUUGAGUGUACUAUCAUGGACAAACAAGGAAUUAAAACUCCGGAUGGACUAUUGGCCUAUCACGGAAGACCCUCGCUUUUCUACCCAGCGGUUCGAGCCGAAAGUGAAGAUGAAGUUGUGUCAUACAGUGGCUUUCCAACUCGACUGGCGAGUGGUUUAGGUACAGCUAAGUUCCUAUGUGGAGCAUGUUUAGCUCUUUUGGGCGGAAUGGCAGUCUACGUACAAGCCUGGUCCGCAUGGAUGUAUGGUGGCAUCUGGAGUGGACUUUUUGCCAUUUUUACUGGUCUCUGUAUAAUUUUAACUGCUCGAAAGCAGAAGCCACAGAGAAAAUCUCUCUUGGUGGCGUUACUUAUCCUGUCCGUAUUAGGAUUCUUCAAUACAGGACUUUUAGCAACAUUUACAGCCAUGGGGCUUGUUGCCGAAGUUUACAUGGAAGAUGUCGCAGGAGCCUUAGUAUGGCGUGGCGUUGAAAAUGCAUCGCCAUUUGUUGUACAGUUAAUGCUGUUGGCUACAGCUACUGCAGACAGUCUUUUAUCUCUGGCUUGUUGUGUCAUCAGCGGUCGCGAAGUCUGCUGCUGUGGGCGCCCAACACCUGCUCUUCUGAACACUCAAAGAAGAGAUCGCUUGAUUAGUUGGUUGGGUUCUCAACAAGAACCACUGCCUCAACAGAAAGUACUAAACCUUCCUCCUGUAAGGUUAGUACCUUCAGUUCGUCAGCAGCGACACAGUAGACCAAAGACACCAUCAACUCUGCGAGUAUUUCCAGUUUCUGCUCCAGAUACUAAUGGAUCAUUACCAUCAUCAAGUGGCGGCACAUCAACCAAACUUAACAUGCCUUUAGUAAAAGCAGAUGAAUUAGGAAAGCAUUCUGCAGCUAUGUCUAGAAGACGUGGGGAUAGGCUUGAUAACAGAGGGCGUCAUCGCUCUUACUCAGAACGAGGGCCAUCUUCUCACAGAAAUCGAAGGAUAUCGGAACCAAAUGACGUAAAUGAUGCUAGGAAAAAUGCAUCAACUCUCAAUGAAAAAUACUUCGCUCUUGACAAAAAGCUUUCAGAAGAUUUUAUUGACAGGACAUGGAAUUUUGAAAGAAACUCUUGAAUAUGCUUAUGGAAGUUCUCAUCUGCCAGAAUUCAAAAUGGCAUGGCCAAAAGUAACUCACAUAAAAAUUGCAUUGAAAGUUGGCUACCAUUUUCUGAACACGAACUUUUUAUACAUCACUUGGUCAUGAUAAUACAAGUCAUAUCUCCUUUUUCCUGCUGUUUUUCAGAGAAACAUGACAUUUCCAUGACUUGUUUCGAAAGCAAGAAUUUGCUGUUAAAGACAUAUUUAAGAAAUUUCGUAAUAAAAAAAAGUCUGUGGUACUUUAUUGAGAAAGAUAGGCAUAUCAAGAAAUGAAAGAUGAAAUUUAAGGCAUAUUUAAUAAAACUAAUUUUAAUAACGUUCGGUAUUCUCAUUAGCGCUAUUAAUAUCCCUCAUAACAUUUUCUGCAAAAUUUAAUCAAUCUAAAUAUUUUUUAAAAUCUAUAUUUCGGAAUUAUAUUUAAAAAUUGUUCGUCUGAAAAUAGUCUGAAAUAUUCGUCGAAACUUUUUCUUUUACUGCAUUUGUACCAAGUAUCCUUACAAGAAAUUAGAAUGCAGAAUUUCAAAGUCUGCUAUUUUACAUUAGGCCGUUAGAGGUGAGAAACGUGUAGCAAAAAUUAAAGUAUUUUCCUUAAAUAAAUUUAGCUAAAUUGUAUUUAAAAACUUCUCUUUCAGCAUAAUUUUAAUUCAUUUCCCGUUUUUAGAAAUGAGUGUUUGCAACAAGCAAUUUUUUUAAAUAAUCAAUGUGGCUUACUUACAAAUACUUAUCACGAUAAUUUUUCUCUCUGUUAUGAACUUUACCAUGAUAUGCCAGAAAAGAUAUGCUGUCUUACACGAGUUACACACAGGAUGUGGCUUUCCCAGCCUAGGAGCCUGCUGAAGUGCCCAGCACCUGAACCUUACAAAUAAUUUUCAUUAAAAACAUAUUUCUUCUGGAGAAUUUUAUAGGUACCUAUGUAGAGUCAUUAGGUUAUUUUGAAGCAGGAGACAUGAAAAAUGACUGGACAUCUCGAAUACGCGACGAGUGUGCUACCAUUACACUACGAAGGCAUGCUGAAAGGAGGGAGAAAAUAUCUUAUAUUCUCCCCCCUUUUUAAAAGGCGACUGGGGAUUAGGGGGCCCUGUCGCCAAAUGCUGGCGAAUUAUUGUCCAUCAUCUUCCAGUUCGGGCGCCAUUGUAGAUUUAAUAGGUUAUUUUGAAACAGGAGACAUGAAACAUGAGCAGUGCCCUCGCCGCGACUCGAACCUGGACCUCUCGAAUACGCGCCGAGUGGGCCGAAGGCAUGCAGGAAGGAGGGAGAAAAUACCUUAUAAAUGGGAAAUAUUUUUAAACAAGAAACAUAACGCAAAAUUCAAUUGCAUGUAACAAAUUACCACAGGUUACUGAUUACAGAAGUAGCUGGAUGAACUUUUCUCUUGAUCAAAGAUAGAAUGAUUUUAAAUCUAAUUAAAAAAGAAUGUUAUUUCCUUUUCUUACACAGAAGAGUAAUGAGUUUCCUUUUUAAACUUCUUUCGCUAUACACAUAAAUAAAUUAAUUACUGAAAUUCUACGGCGCAAACAAAGGGGGAGGGGCUCCAAAGGUUUUAGGGAAAAUUUUAAAAGGAAGGUCAAGAAUACAAAAACAAAUCACGUGGGAAUAUGUAGUUGUAAUGGCACCAUUAUUUUGGGUUUGUUUUUCUUCUUUUUCUAAUAGCUUUUGGUUAUAUAUAUAUUAUAUACGUAAGUGUAAUUCAAAACACCUGGAACAAAUUUAAAGGGAUGGCAGAGUCCAUUACUACUAAAUUUGUUUUUAUAUGAAUGUAUAGACGCAAGUGACGCGUUGAGGUUCAUACACAAGAAAUAAGACAUGAAACAAAUUUUUUAGUUACAGCAUCAUUGCCACGGGCUUCUUUACAGCAAUGUCUACAAUAAUUCCUCAAAAUUGCAUCCACUAACAGUAGUAGCACAUGGUCGGGAGCGUCGAUGGAGUGACUGAUUUAUACUAUUGACCAUAUUGAAAGUAGUAGGUGCCUCCUUGUCUAGCAUAAAUACAUAGUCUUUAAAACUGUCAUUCACCCCAACGACGCUGCUGAGCAUGUAUUACUGUUGGUAUAUGUUAAUUCUUAGCAAUUACUUUUCUUAGGCUAAUUUUAUAUAAACUUCUACAUUUUAUGUAAUUGUUUUAAAUUUGUGCUCUUCUAGUAAUUUAAAUAAAUACUAUUAUUUCUAAAUAAA